AAUUGUGUUCAGUUUCAGUUACAACCCACUUUUACUAGACACUAUGAAGUCAACUGCAUGUAUGUUGGCACUGCUUAUUUGUGGCGUUAACAUGUUUUGUGUCUUUAGUAGGUGUUUAGAGCCUCCUUGUCCACCUGGUAAGAAGACAGACAAUCCGAGAGGUACUUGCUGUGUUUUUCCUUUCACCUACGGAGGAAAAACCUACAACGCUUGUACUAUGGACGAUCAUAGCGGAUUAUGGUGUUCACUUACUGCUGCUUACAGUGGAUCUUGGGCUAACUGCGUCGGCCCAUGCUACAGGAGACCUUGUGAGAAUGGAGGAGUCUGUACAGAAACCAAAAAUGAUUCGUACAGCUGCGAGUGUGCCGUGGGAUAUUCUGGAGACAAUUGUGAAAUAGUUGGCCCAUGCGCUAAGAAACCUUGCCAAAAUGGAGGAAUCUGCACCGAAACAGGAAACAACUCACGCAGUUGCCAAUGUGCUGUUGGAUAUUCUGGAGAAAAUUGUGAAAAAAAGCUGCCAUGUCCACCUGGCAAAAAAACUGACGAUCCGCAAGGUGCCUGCUGUUUUCUCCCUUUUACCUAUGGAGGAACGACCUACAACGCUUGUACCAUGGCCGCUCAUAGCCGAUUGUGGUGUUCGUUAACCGCUACUUACAGCGGAUCUUGGGCUAACUGCAUCGGUCCAUGCGACAACAACCCUUGUCUGAAUGGGGGAGUCUGUACAGCAAACAGAAACGACUCGUAUACCUGCAAGUGUGCUUCAGGAUAUUCUGGAGGCAAUUGUGAAAUAGUGGGCCCAUGCGCUAAGAAACCUUGUCAAAAUGGAGGAAUCUGCACCGAAACAGGCAACAACUCGCGCAUUUGCCAAUGUGCCGUGGAAUAUUCUGGAGAAAAUUGUGAAAAAAAGCUGCCAUGUCCACCUGGCAAAAAAACCGACAAUCCGCAAGGUGCCUGCUGUUUUCUCCCUUUUACCUAUGGAGGAACGACCUACAACGCUUGUACCAUGGCCGCUCAUAGCCGAUUGUGGUGUUCGUUAACCGCUACUUACAGCGGAUCUUGGGCUAACUGCAUCGGUCCAUGCGAUAACAACCCUUGUCGGAAUGGGGGAGUCUGUACAGCAAACAUAAACGACUCGUAUACCUGCAAAUGUGCUUCAGGAUAUUCGGGAGGCAAUUGUGAAAUAGCGGGCCCGUGCGCCAAGAAACCUUGUCAAAAUGGAGGAAUCUGCACCGAAAUGGGAAACAACUCGCGCAGUUGCCAAUGUGCCGUUGAAUAUUCUGGAGAAAAUUGUGAAAAAAAGCUGCCAUGUCCACCUGGCAAAAAAACCGACAAUCCGCAAGGUGCCUGCUGUUUUCUCCCUUUUACCUAUGGAGGAACAACCUACAACGCUUGUACCAUGGCCGCUCAUAGCCGAUUGUGGUGUUCGUUAACCGCUACUUACAGUGGAUCUUGGGCUAACUGCGUCGGUCCAUGCGACAACAACCCUUGUCUGAAUGGGGGAGUCUGUACAGCAACCAAAAACGACUCGUAUACUUGCAAAUGUGCUUCAGGAUAUUUAGGAGGCAAUUGUGAAAUAGCGGGCCCAUGCGCUAAGAAACCUUGCCAAAAUGGAGGAAUCUGCACCGAAGCAGGAAACAACUCGCGCAGUUGCCAAUGUGCCGUUGGAUAUUCUGGAGAAAAUUGUGAAAAAAAGCUGCCAUGUCCACCUGGCAAAAAAACUGACAAUCCGCAAGGUGCCUGCUGUUUUCUCCCUUUUACCUAUGGAGGAACGACCUACAACGCUUGUACCAUGGCCGCUCAUAGCCGAUUGUGGUGUUCGUUAACCGCUACCUACAGUGGAUCUUGGGCUAAUUGUGUCGGUCCAUGCGACAACAAGCCUUGUCUGAAUGGGGGAGUCUGUACAGCAAACAGAAACGACUCGUAUACCUGCAAAUGUGCUUCAGGAUAUUCUGGAGGCAAUUGUGAAAUAGCGGGCCCAUGCGCUAAGAAACCUUGUCAAAAUGGAGGAAUCUGCACCGAAAUAGGAAACAACUCGCGCAGUUGCCAAUGUGCCGUUGGAUAUUCUGGAGAAAAUUGUGAAAAAAAGCUGCCAUGCCCACCUGGCAAAAAAACCGACAAUCCGCAAGGUGCCUGCUGUUUUCUCCCUUUUACCUAUGGAGGAACGACCUACAACGCUUGUACCAUGGCCGCUCAUAGCCGAUUGUGGUGUUCACUCACUGCUUCCUACAGUGGAUCCUGGGCUAACUGCGUCAGUUCAUGCGACAAGAAUCCUUGUCAGAAUGGAGGAGUCUGUACAGAAACCCAAGAUAAUUCGUAUAGCUGCAAAUGUGCCGAGGGAUAUUCUGGAGCCAAUUGUGAAGUUACUGCAGACGGGUGGAGGUCAGAGGGAUGCUUCAAAGUACUCAAGAAGGGGGAGAAAAUCGACUUUGAUGAAAGAUUCGCAGACUUCAAGGCCAUCGGAGAAAUGAAGUGCGAUGUUAAAACGGCGUUUGAACUUUGUAAAGUUGCAGCGGAGGAGAAAGGUUACGAGAUGUUUGGCGUCUUAGGUGUUAGAGAAAUGAAGACGGGGAGAAGCUGAGUGAAGAAAAGCAUCAAUGCAAGAAAAUGUGUGAAUGAAAAGAAUAAAUAUACCCGAGAUUCCGUAAAAAAUGAGGUUAAUGUAGAAGUUUAGAC